AAAGCCCUUAAAGCAAAAAUAAUAUCGAAACCGCACAAAGGGACCCCGGGGGAUACAAAUGUCUUAGCCUUUAAAAAACCGGUUACUUGCUUUAAAUGCGGGCAGCUAAGCCAUAUCGUUGCAGCAUGCAAAAUACGGACGGAUAACCCGGAAACCCCGUUAGCCCUAACGACCAUACAAAAGGCGAAAAGGAAAAGGCCCAAGGUACGGUGUUACGGGUGUAAGGAAUUGGGCUAUAUCCGGCCGGCGUGCCCCAAAAAAAACAAAAUAUUGCUACCCAAUUCGAUACCGCUAUUUGGCCGUUUAAGCACCGGGGCCUAA